UGAGGCGGUGCUGAGGGCAGUGCUGCAAGCAGUGCUGCAAGCAGUGCUGAGGGUAGUGCUAAAGGCGGUGCUGAGGGCGGUGCUGAGGGCAGUGCUGAGGGCAGUGCUGCAAGCAGUGCUGAGGGUAGUGCUAAAGGCGGUGCUGAGGCGGUGCUGAGGCGGUGCUGAGGGCAGUGCUGAGAGCGGUGCUGAGGCGGCGCUGAGGCAGUGUUGAGGGCAGUGCUGAGGGCGGUGCUGAGGGCGGUGCUGAGGGCGGUGUUGGGGCGGUGCUUGCAAGCAGAGCUGAGGCGUUGCUGAGGGCGGUGUUGGGGCGGUGCUUGCAAGCAGUGCUGAGGGCGGUGCUGCAAGCAGAGCUGAGGCGGUGCUGAGGGCAGUGCUGAGGGCGGUGCUGCGGGCAGUGCUGAGGCGGUGCUGAGGCGGCGCUGAGGCAGUGUUGAGGGCAGUGCUGAGGGCGGUGCUGCGGGCAGCGCUGAGGCGGUGCUGAGGGCGGUGUUGGGGCGGUGCUUGCAAGCAGUGCUGAGGCGUUGCUGAGGGCGGUGUUGGGGCGGUGCUUGCAAGCAGUGCUGAGGGCGGUGCUGCAGGCGGUGCUGCGGGCGGUGUUGGGGCAGUACUGAGGCGGUGUUGGGGCGGUGCUGCGGGCGGUGCUGAGGGCAGGACGGCCCCUCUGCCGCUCCCUCCCCUUCCCCUCCCGGCUCAUUCCCGCGCUGCUGGGCUGCUCCGCACCGCGCUGAGGCACCACGAUGACUGUUCUCUCCAAGGAAUAUGGCUACGUCCUGCUGACCGGGGCUGCCAGCUUUGUCAUGGUCACGCACCUCGCCAUAAAUGUGAGCAACGCCCGCAAGAAGUACCAUGUGGAGUACCCAACCAUGUACAGCACAGACCCUGAACAUGGGCAGAUGUUCAACUGCAUCCAGCGCGCGCACCAGAACACAUUGGAAACCUACCCUGCUUUCCUGUUCUUUUUAAGCACUACUGGACUCUACCACCCGAGAGUUGCCACAGGGCUUGGCGUGGCCUGGAUCUUUGGGAGACUCCUCUAUGCCUAUGGCUACUACACAGGAGAUCCCAAAAACCGAAACAGAGGGGCCCUUGGCUCCCUGGCACUCCUUGGGCUGGUGGGCACAGGCGUCUAUUCAGCCUGCCAGCACCUGGGCUGGGUCUGUGAGCCCAGGUGCAGAUGCUAAAGAGAGUUUUCUUCUGUUUUCUUUUAGAACACUUGGCUUCCAGUGUUUGUUCUCUUUUCUUACUCAAUAAAGGAAGUUGUUCGUUCUGUGUUUCCA